AUGGAAGAGAACAUUGUGCCAAAAAAGAUUGCAGCUGGGAAUAUUUGCACAUUGUAUUAUGCUCAUCAAGGGGAUAGUCUGGAUAAUGAAAUAUAUGAUUUACACUCGGACAUGGAUGGUGGGCUUGGUAAUGCUCAAGGAUUGAUUCAACAUGAUUAUAAAGUACUCGAAUGUCCACCCGAAUUAGUCGCCUUUUUACAGGCAUCAAAAACUUUGGUGAUUCGGGGAUGCGACACUGACGAGGCUGUAUUAUGCACAGAUCAGGCUACGUAUAGUCUUCGUCAGGUGGAAACAUCAAACUCGAUGCUACUGUUGCAGAAUCGAUCUUUUAAUCUCAGCUCUGAUCGGCAAAUCCAAACCUCCAACGCUUUCACUAGCUGUUUCCCUAACACCCGCAUUGACGCAGUAUCCGAUGUUAUUUUCACUCAUUCAUCGUAUCUUGAAGUAGCUUGCAUUCCUCCUAAACUCGCGAAGCUUGAGCUUAUGCUGAACGAGUGUUUAUAUGCAGGAUCAGACACGGAAGCAUGCAAUCAAACCAAUCAAAACUGCAAAAAUCAGUCCAUAUACUCUCUCAGUGAUUUUCUAGAAAUAAUUCAGGCGAGCGAGGGUGAAAUUAUUGAUCAAUUGAAUAUUCUUGGGGCUUUUGAAAUCAACGGGUUUUGGAGACUACUUGCACCUACAUAUGCAUUGUAUAUUUUGCAACUGAUAAUGCUAUCGGCAGUAGAGCGCGAUAUGGAUAUUUUUCAACUUUCGCUCAAUGAUCUUGCAAUUGCACUUUCUGAAGAUCAAAUACCCGAGCCCGUAUUGAAAAGAUGCCUUUUAUCCAACUCGGACUCUUGUGAUACUAUGGGUCAAGACACUGUUUUUAAGCUUUCUCGCACUAAAAUUUGUAGGCUGUAUGGUGAUCAAAUGUUGAGAGAACUAACUGGAAAUGGCAUAGAGAUAAUGCAGUUUUUAAAAUCAUGGCAAAGUGCUGUACCUUUGGACUGGGAAGUCCAUCUUGAUCAAAUCAAAGGCUUAUAUCUAUUAGAUGGUAGCCAGAUAAAAACAAUUCGAUACUUUCCAAAAAGCUUAUUGGCUACAGAUCCCAGAAUGCGAUUUGAAGAUCUAUUUAAAAUUAGAAAAAAAUGGCUUAGAGAAGACAUGCUUCCAUUUAUUGAGGAUCUUGCAACAACUGAUAAAGCACGCGAGCUGCUUCUGUUAAAGAAUGCUCGAAUAUCCAAACAAGGAUCUAAUACGUACUUUACACCCCGAUUCACUUUUUUUUCAAAAUGACGAACCAUGCUACAACUGAUCUUGGUGUUUACUUUAUCAUGGCAUAUCUGCCAACUAUUACGUCAUCAAAAACACUAAUAAACAAAAAAUCAAUAACCUUG